CGGUUCCGCGUAAACGCGCACAGCAUUCGGCACGUCUGUCGGACGACUUGCCGCUGGCCUCUGCGUCUGACUAACAACCAACCUUACCUACUGAUCGCCUGAAUCGGAAAACAAGCGCGCCCCACGUAUUUACACGAGUUUCGUCGUUGCCUCGCGUGUCACCCAAAAGACUUUAUCGAUUUGAAUAUUUGACUUUUGCCGCCCUUUUGCCUCAAUCCUUUCUCGGAUAAUCGAGGAGGGUGCAAUUUUUCAUUUGGAAAAAAAAAAAUAAAUCGAGGCUGAAUUUGUACUUUUGUGAAGUGCACUUGGCGAAUUCUCGUGCUAUUGUAACAGACUUUUUUUGGCGGGAAAUUUGUCUUUCCAUGACGCGCGACAGUGCGGAUUUAAAUGUGUGCGUGAAAUUAACACUGUGCUUGGCUACGUGACUGUGCGGCUAAGUCUGUGCAAUUGGUAUUGUCGAUUUGGACGGGAAAAGUGCGAAAAAUUUGAAAUUUCAAUUUUUCUCACCUUCGUUAUCUAUCCUUGACUUUAUCAAUUUUUCGAUCUAACACGUGGUCCAUUUUUAUUUGAAAAAAGUGCACUUGCCAGUAAAGUGCAUUCGCUUAACGUCUGAUUCAUACUACGUGGAAGGUAGUGGAGAAUGAGCGUGGUGGCUGCUUUUAUCACUAAGAAGCUUAUCGCACAUUGACGAAGCUUAUCUCGUUCUCGGAAACUGAUUUUCUCCUGGUCCAGUCGUUCCAGACUGUUUUAAACUUUCCAAGGACCACUUUGCUCCUGUGCGUUACGAAACUUGGAAGAUCAUACGUAUCAUCAUGAUUCCCGUCGAGGGUCGAUGAUUGCUAUCAGUACGCGCAACUAAAGGGUUAAUAAGAUAAUAUGGUUACGCCUCGUUUCGACUGGCUUAGAAUUCAACUGGAUAGUCCGAGACGUGACAGAAUUACCUGAUACGUGUAUCCUGACUCGUGGCGAGUGGAAUUGCUCGUGGAACAUCCCCUGGGUAGGGAUGUACGUGAAAAAAUGUACCGUCCUAGGAAUAAUGAUAAAGCUAAAUAAAAAUGCCCGAUUGGAACGAAGAACCGGAUGAGAAAUUAAACUGUGGAAAAAAAACCUCCAAUUCACGCUUCUUGCCCAAUAAUUAAUUCGACUUUAAAAACUGUGCGUAAGAUCGACAAUUCGCUAAGCGAAAGGAAAAAGAAGUUUGUCGGGGGUUAACAAGGGUCGAGCAUACCGAAGAAAACUGUUGGGAAGGAAAUCCUGUGUUGUCCAAGAGAAGGGAUCGGAGUUUCUCUUUUUGAGCAAAAAGAGAAACAUGUUUCUUUAAUUAAAAGUGGAGAACGACAGUUCGGACGUUUAUACCGGGUGUGAUAAAAAUUUUUUAAAAAUUUUUCUCACUGUUGCCACAAAUUCAAGAUGCAGUGGGAGGUCAAUUUAGUGUUCAAAAAAAAAUUUUUUUUUUUCUAAUUGAAAAUACGUGAGUGAUAAUCGUGAGUGAUAAUAAAGGGGAAACAUUUUUUUUUUUGAAAAUCAGUCACGUUCACUUUGAUACUGUGGGUGUCACGUGAUGAUACGUUGUACGCGAUGUGCCGUUUCGGUGUCUGUUUAAAGAGGGUCGAUCGUCCCUGAGGAAUUAUUAUCUUCAUAGGUUCCAGGGUGUUCGGCUUGAGCUAGCUUAAUGAGUGCUUCAAUCAAGAGUCUCGUAACCUGAAGAAGCGAUCAAGAUCGUCUUCGUCCUCGUGACUUAACUCGUAGGGAUUUACCCUGAAGGGGGAUGACGAGACAUAGUGGCACGUAGGGGUUGGCCCUUCUCGUUUCGGAGAUGAGGCUCUCUGGGCAACGUACCACCCUUACCCUGACCCUCGUCCUCCUGGCCAUUUAUACGAGCGCCGUACGAGCUGGUGAGCAGGAGAAAGAAAUUUGGUAUGAAUCUGCCGCGAGGGCAAUCGAAGCACGUGUCCGUGCUGCUGCCACGUCCAGUGGCACCAGCACAUCCCCAACCGCUGUCGCAAGGGGUGUCGUCUUCUUCGUAGGCGACGGCAUGGGUAUGAGUACCCUGACAGCCGCCAGGAUAUUAUCAGGUCAACGUCAUGGAAACACUGGGGAGGAAGCGCAACUCGCCUGGGACAGUUUUCCAGCAGUGGCGCUCGCACGGACUUACAACAUGGAUGCACAAGUCGGCGAAUCUUCAGCAUGCGCGACAGCCUUAAUGUGUGGCGUUAAGGCGAACUACGAGACCGUCGGACUAGAUUCGUCGGCGCGCUUUGAAAACUGUUUAUCCAGCUUGAAUGCACACGUGCCGUCUUUAAUUAGCUGGGCGCAGGAACAAGGAAAAUCUACAGGCCUCGUUACCACCACCAGAGUGACACAUGCUACCCCAGCUGCACUUUACGCACAUGCUUCUAGUCGCUACUGGGAAGAUGAUGGCAAAGUACCACCUACUGCACGAACCUCCUGCAAGGAUAUAGCGAGACAAUUAUUGGAGGACGAGCCAGGACGUGACAUUAAUGUUAUACUCGGUGGUGGUAGACGUCACUUCGUACCUAAAGUCACAUUGGAUCCCGAAGAGCCAGAUAAAGAAGGACGCCGAUUGGAUGGUAGAAACUUAAUAGAAGAAUGGUCACGUAAUCAUCGUUUGCGAAAUCUGGCAGCCGAAUACGUAUCUAACAAGGAAGAGUUUGACAAUGUGGAUCCACGAAAAGUUGAUCAUUUAUUAGGUCUUUUUUCAUAUUCUCAUAUGGAUUUCGACGUGGAUCGCAACACGAACGACACCGGCGAUCCUUCUUUGACGGAAAUGACGAUUAAGGCUCUCCGAAUACUUAUGAAAAAUCCCGAAGGAUUUUUUUUAUUCGUGGAAGGUGGCAGAAUCGAUCACGCUCAUCACUACAAUAACGCCUACAGGGCGCUCGACGAGACUCUGGCACUGGAGGAAGCCGUCAAGGCCGUCAUGGACGAAGUUGACCUGACGGAAACUCUGCUGGUCGUUACAGCAGAUCAUUCGCACGUGUUAACCUUAGGCGGAUUGGCGACUCAUCGCGGAAAUCCAAUUCUCGGAUCCGACAGUAAAGUAUCUGACGUGGAUGGAAAGCCGUAUACGACCUUGCUGUAUAGUAAUGGACCAGGACACACGGAGCCAAGAUCAGUCUUGAGGGAAGCUGGAAAGGACUCGAUACAGACUGCGGGGGUUCCCCGUGCAUGGGCGACACACGGUGGUGAGGAUGUACCCGUUUUUGCGAUUGGACCUCUGGCGAUGACCCUGUUCUCCGGAAGUGUCGAUCAAAGCUACAUACCCCACGCCAUAUCCUACGUGGCCUGUUUGGCGCAUCAUGCUAGUCGCUGCUCAAGGGAAUCCGCAAUGAACGACACGAUUACUCCCAUAAGCUGCCCUUCGGCUGAACCGAACAGCGCAGCCAUAUCCAGUGACGUAAUGAACGACCAAGCCAGAAACACCCCGACAAAGUCUGGCUGCAACCCUCUAAGCACGUGGGUCAACCAAUCAGCUAUCAUUCCACUUUUGAUCUUUGGACUGCUGCUGGAUAUCCUGGUGAAAAGUUAAUGACCGGUGUUGCGGUGACGUCACCGAUAAUAAUAGCCCUUGUCAUUGGACUAAUGACACAAUGGUUUGCGGUUUCGCUGACAUCCUGCUUGGGUCGAUGACGAAUAUAACGUGUGUGAUACGUAUAAUUUAUCAUGUUGAAAGGUGUAUAUAGUAUGUGUUUGUUAUAAAGAAAAAUUUAUAAGUUUGAUGUUCGGGGGGUUGUAUAAUUAUAUUUAUGCAAUGGACUGUACCGACAUAGCGUUUAUACCGUGUUUCGAGGAUUCAAUUGAGCUCCGUGGAUAUUAUUAUUAUUAUAAUUGUAAGCGUGUGUAAUUGGGGUGAGUGGAUCGUAAGGGCGUGAAAUUAAUGUUUAAUUAAAAUUCUGUAAUCAAAAUGUGCCCGGAUGUCUUGCAACGAAUAACGUAAAUAGCUGUCGUUCAACGAUCCCUCCAAGGGUUGCUUGUGUUUAUUAUAAAAUCCUCGAAGGGUAAUUAAUCUUGGAGAAUAAGGUUAACACGAGAGACACAAUAAUGGCGGUGCUGCUGGUAAUAAUUAAUUACUCUUAUUCAGUGGGUGUAAUUGGGGGAUGGAUCGUGGACGAUUGGCUGGACAUUAAAAUUGCAACUCUGAGGGACGGAUCAUUCCAGAUGAUUUAGAUCGAUGUGAUUACGAUGAUGAAAAAGUGAAUUCCAUUCAGUAGGACAUUCGAAUUAUUAAGUUAAGCGAGUGAAGUACGCUUUGAUAAAUAUCUGUGAAAAGUUAUCGGAAACACACUCUGGGGCCAACUAUAGCGAGACGGGUCAAGGCCAUGAAUUUUAAAUUUGACUCGAUAUCUUCGUUUAUUUUUUUUUUUCUUCCCUUUGAAUCAGUCAAUUUACAAUUUCAAAAUACAAUUUACCGCCGAAAUGCUUCCUCGAACAAAUGGAGCCAAGACAUUAUUGUAAGAAUACAAGUAAAUAGACCCAUCACGUAUCUAAUCAAGCGACCAGAAUUUUGGAAAAUUUAAUUAAAACAAAGGUCAUUGCACUUUAAUGUUAUAAAGCAAUAACGAAUCUUAUAGUUACUACUGUAUACGUUGCCAAUACCCAAUCAGCCUAUAUAUAUAUACGUAUAUAUAAUUAAAUUUGAUUAAUCACAAGAUUUCAUAAUUUCAGGCUUUCAAUUGUAACCUGCACCUACUAAUUCGGAUCGGUCAAUUAAUUCCAAUUGAAUAACCUGUAUGCAUUUCCUUAACUGACCGCAAAGAUCUCUGCAAGCAUUAAUUUAUUACAUAGUUUAAUUAUUCGUUCGUACAAUGCAAAAGCAAAAGAUUUUAUCAUGUUGAGCAAUGCGUUUAAUUUAUGCUUAGACUAAAUGAUGUUAUUGUUUAAAUAAAAUUGCCAGGCUGUACGAGUAGCAGCCAAUAUUACGUUCUCUCUAUUGUCACUGUUUGUAAAUACUAGAUGCAAGUAUCGUUAUCACGAUAAUUAAUCGCAAAUGCAAUUAUCGCAUCCAACGGCUGUAUAUAAGAAUUAUCAAGUAGCAACGUCAAUGCGAAUAUCGCCUGAUGAAUAUUCGAUUGGACUCAAAUAUUCACAGUGAUAAUUCCUUGCCGAAGAGAAUUUGCUAUGGAUCCAGGUUACCGGUAGCAAAAAUAUUGAUAAUGAUAAUUAUUAAUAAUUAUAAUAAUGAAUGAAAGUGAGAAACAGCACGAAACGAACUCACUAAUCUAUAUUUCUGUAAAUAACGUAAACGCGAAUGAUCACAAAUGGAAUUUAUUAUAGAAAUAUCUGUAUACUAUUGUUUUGUAAAGAAAGUGACGAAGAGAAAGAAAGAAAGAAAGGAAAUUGAGAA